AUGGAAAAAAAUAUUUUAAAGAAAUAUAGGAGUUUUUUUAAUUUUGUUUCUGAUAUAAAAAAUAAUAUCGAAAAAGAAAAUAGCUUAAAAUUUAGUCAAGAAUUAUAUAUGAAAAAUAUAUCUAAGAGCAAUUAUAAUGUUAAAAAGAAUACUAACCAAAUAUAUGAUAAUAAGCUUUUCUUGAAAUACUGGGUGAGAAAAAAAAGACCAGGAGCUAGAAAUUAA